UGCUUCAUCUCAAGUGUUGCAUGCGUCAUCAGCAUGUCCAAUAAUAUCAAUAAGAUCUCUGUUAAUUAAUGUCUCUAACCAUCUUUUCAUUUUUUGGUUUUCAUAUAAACCAUAUAAUCCAAAUCUUCAUUCUCGAUUUUGAGUUAGUUGCUAACUUACUUUUUAAAUAUUGACAUUAAAUUUGUUUGUGCAAUUGUGCAUAUGAUAUUCGUACAAAUAUAAGCUAAUGACUAAUGAGUAUUGAUAUCACUUGGGGUGAAAUAAUGAUCUCUUCACUUUGAUCAGAGAUAUUUCUGUUCCUCUCUGCUGAUGUGUGUUCUUCCUCAUCCAGUCCAAAAUUUUUAAAACCAUAUCUACAAGUAUUAAUGACAAGUUAUUAUUAUGUGGUACUACUAAAUUUAUGGCAUCACCUAUAAGUAUGAACGCCACUAAAAGAAAAACAGCAAAUUAAAUUCUCAUUAUCAUAAUAUUGACUUCAUCGUCCCCACGCUUUUCACGACUCAUGGCACAUUUUGUAACUCAUGUCAAACUAAAACACGUUGAGAUUUUUUUUUAAAGUUAGAUAGACUUUAGAAUUAAGAGUUUAUUAGAGUUGGUUGAUUUAAAAGUUUGAAAUUUUGUUAAAUUUACUUAACUCUGGUAGUCUUUUAAAAAUUUAGUAAUAGAUUAAAAAAAUUAAUAAUCAAAAGAAUAUCUAAAAAUCUGAUAACUUCUUUUAAUAAGUUAAAUUAUUAAAAAAAUAUCAUUUCAAAAUAAAUAUUAAUUUGCUAAACAAUAUUUAAUUUUUAAAUAUUACUAUAGUUAGUUGACAAAAAUAAUAAUAAUACUAUAGUUAAUUUUUUUUAAAAAAAUUAUAAUAUAACCAAUAAUAAUAAAUUAUGUUAAGUUAUUAUAAUUAAUAAAUCAAUAACAAUAUAAUCUAAAAUUAUAAUAAUUAACAAAAAAAUUUACCCCCACUACUCUUGUUAGAAAUGUUAUAGGUUUUUAUUUAAUGAAAACUCAGAUUCAGAUUAUUAUAUAUAAGCUGUAAGAAGGGCAAUGAUCAUCCAAUCAUCCAAUAGCCAACCCCUUGAAAAGAAAAGAAAAAUCUCUAAAACCCCAAACAAUAUUAAUGUCUGGUCCUUCAGAACCAUUGUUGCUGUCUCAUAUCGGCGCCGAUGAUUCUAACGUCGACCACAAAACCAGACCAGAAGCUUUAACUUUCGACAGCAUUGUCGAACACAGUCUAUCAGAUUUUGGGUUCUGGCAACUCUUCCAGGUAAUCCUCGUUGGACUCACUUUGCUCUUCGAUGCUCAGCAGAUAUUCAUCACGGUUUACACAGACGCAUACCCUACAUGGCACUGUCUUAACCACACGAUCUGCGAUCAAGCCACUUCCGACAUCUGCAAGCUCCCAAGAUCAGCUUGGGAAUGGGACGGUGGCUCCACGGACAAAACCAUCAUUUCAGAUUUUGGACUCGAGUGCUCGAGCUCAUUACUCAGAGGUAUGCCUACCUCUGCUUUCUACAUCGGUGGCAUCGUUGGUGGAUUCGUUCUAGCUUUAAUCCCAGAUGGUUUCUUGGGCCGCAAGAAAUUAGUUUUUCUCUCAACUUUUGCUACGUCAGUGACUGCAAUCUCUGUUGUUUUCUCAACCAACGUAUGGAUUUACACAACACUAAAGUUUGUCAACGGGUUCUCGAAAUCACAGACAUGGUCAUAUGCGAUGGUUCUCAUCAGCGAGCGAGUCUCCACCAAAUGGAGACCAAGAGCUACCAUGAUUCCAUUUACCUUUUUCGUUUUAGGGUUUAUGUCAUUGUCUGGAAUCGCUUACCUUGCUCAACACUCUUCAUGGAGAUUUCUCUAUCUCUACACAGCCGUUCCCGCAUUAUUAUACUGUAUCUUUCUCUACCUUUUCGCGCUCGAAUCACCUCGGUGGCUUCACUUGCAAGGAAACGACGAAGAAGCCAUUAAAGUUCUCAAAAGCAUGUCAUCGAAGAAUAAACCCUACUUGGAAUUACUAGUUUCUGUGUUACCCCUGGAGCAAGAAACCUCUAAACAACUGCCAAGGUACUCUAUUAAGGACUUCUUCUUCCGAAAGUGGGCUUUUCGGAGGAUUGUAGUUGUUAUGAUCAUAAUGUUUGGAUUGGGAAUAUCAUACUACGGAGUUCCUUUAGCAGCUAGAGACAUAGACGUCAACAUCUACUUAUCUGAAACCCUAAACGCAGUGGUGGAGUUGCCUUCUUUUGUUAUCACUCCGAUUUUAUUGGAGAGGUUCAACAGAAGAAGCUCUGUUCUAGUGAAUACCUUACUCGGUGGAGCUUCGGGAGUGCUUUGUUUCGUUCUCAGCGUUCUUGGGAAAACAGGCAUUGCGUUUGCGUUUGAGCUAUCGACGUUUUUCUGUGCAAGGAUCGGAUUCAACCUAAUGGCGGUUUACAUGGUUGAAAUGUUUCCUACUUGUGUGAGAAGUUCUGCAACAAUGAUGUUUAGACAGGCCCUUGUUGUUGGAGGAGCUUGUUGUCCGCUCAUUGCUUCCAUUGGAAGAGAUCUACCAUCAGUAUCCUUUGCGAUUUUCGGAGUUGCCAUGUCUGGUUUGGGGUUGUUCGUUUUGAUUCUACCCGAGACAAAAGGUUCAAGCCUCUGCGAUACAAUGGAAGAACAAGAAAAAAGAGAUCAAGCUAUAAACUCUAGCCGUUGUUGAUGAGUUUAAUUAAGAGUUUCUUUCAUCUUAUAAAUUACCUAUCUUAAUAUGUUUUCAAAUAUAUGUGGGUGUUGAAGCAAAAUACUGAUAAAAAGUGAGUUGAAGUAUUGUUAUGUAAACCUAAAUAAAAUUUGAUAUUCGUCCACAAAGCUAUCCAAUGAGUGUCUAUGUCUUUUAACUAGUAUCACGGCAAAUAAUCUGUCAAAUUGAAGUUGAAAACCUUCAAAAUUACAUUACCAAAUAUACAAAAACCAAGAGUCGCAAAUAACUUAAUGCCUAGUGUUAAGAUCUCUUCUAAAAAGAGAAUGUUAUAGAAACUCUAGUACUAGAUUCUAUCAAACUAGAUUUUAAAUAAAAAUAUAGAAACUAAAGUUUAAUAUUUUCUAAAUGCUUUUUAAAGUAUAAAAUAAUAGUUUGGAUAUAUAUAUAUUUUAUGUUUAAAAACUUUUAAAAAAUAAUUAACUUUAAUUUUUAUAUUUUUAUUUUCCUUUGACAUACAAAAUAUCAAAAAGUAGUUUAGACUAUUUACAAUUUUCUCCAACAAAGUAAGAUUUACGUAAUCUAAAAAAAUCAAGACAUAAAAUUUAUAAAUAUUUAAAUAUCUAAUUAAAUAAUAAAUUAAACUUCAAAUACAAAAUAAACCAAAAUUAAAAGAUCAUUGUAAUAAAAUGUCAAUAACGGAAAUAAAAUAAUACCAAAUCACAUCAACUAAUUUUGAUUCUCUCUACCAUCAUUCACUUCAUUUUCUUCAGGUGGCAUAGUGAAACUGAAAUCUUCAUCAAAAUCUAAAAAUCACAAAUAUAAAAUUGAAAAAGGAAAACCUAACUUUUUUUGUCAGCACUUAACUUCUUAAUUGUAAACUUAGAAUAUAAAACAUAAUUUAAAAACUUAAUUAAAAACUUAAAAAAAUGAAGUAAAAGUUAUUUAUUGGUUCGACCGGUGGUUCAACCGGUAUCGGGUUCCAGGUUUUACUGGAUUUUUGCGGGCUUUUAAAUAUUGGGUUUUUCAUAAAACCCAAACCAGAUUUUUUCUGGGUCACCGGGUUUACCGGUUCAACCGCGGGUCCGGGUCGGGUUUUAAAAUACUGGUAUUUAUACAUUUUAAUUAAUGUUAUUUUGAUCAUUUUAUGUGCUAUUUUUUGUGACAUCUUAUGAUAUUUCUCUAUAUGUUUUUUUUUUUUACAAUAAAACUAAUGUUUUGCCUUUGUUGACUUGGCUUCAAUAGUCUUUGAUGGUUUUCGAUUGUUUUCUUUGUCAUACUCAUACCGUCAAAGAGACCAAGUUAUAGAUCCGAAAUUCGGUUACUUACUUAAAGUAGGCCUAAUUUAAAGUCUUUCGUAACUAAGGAUAUAUUAAUCAACUUGCAUUUGAUUCUCAACGUGAUGACGACCAACAUGGAAUCAAAUCAAGGGCAACUCAUGUUUAUGUAAUGUAGAUUAUGUUUUGCGUAUUUGAACCAAAAAAAUCUAUGUUUUGCUGACCAAAAAGGUGUAAUAUAAUAAUUCUAGUAGAUACUAUAUCUUUUUCCUAUCUUUGUCUUUCGAAAGAUAUCUCUUUCUCUAUCAUUCCUGUUUAGAAAGCAUUAAAAAAAUCGUACCCGAUUAGCUGUGAUUAACGCUCGAAAGAAAUAAGAUUGAGAAAAAUCUCUUUAGGCGAUCUUCCACGGAAGAUCACCAACCCUAUAUUUUUAUAUAGCUAAAGAGAAGACAAAAAUCACCAUAUAUUUGACUAAACACACCUGCUUUUGUGGAUAUUAGUUACAUAUCCUUAUGUAAGGUGGGAUUUUUUAAUUAAAUGUUUUGUUGAAGAAAUUAUAUAUAGAACUUGAAUCCAUUAAAAGAUAAUCAAACGUUCACUGUAUAUUCAUUUUUAUAAAUAGAUUUCUAACACCUUGAGAUAGUUGCUAAGUUAUCUUAUCAAUAAUUUGUCAUUAAAUUUUGUUCGUGCAUAUGAUUUUAAAAAAAAGUUAUUACGUUUUCAAAUAUAGCAAAAAUAUCACCUAAUGAGGAAUAAUACUUACUUGGAGUGAAGUAAUGAUCUUUCCCUUUGAUCAAAGAUAUUUUGUUCAUAUGCUAAUGGUCUUCGAUCUCUCAGAAAUUAUUCGAAAUUGUGAAUCCAGUGAAAACAUUUCAGAGUUAAUAUAUAUAAGUUUAUGGUUUCCAAUUAAUCGUAAAUGUUUAUGACUUUAUAAAUCUCAAGGUCUGCUUAUACUACUUGUAUUAGUUAUAAGUCAUUACUAUGUGUGCUACUAUAUUCAUGGCAUGACCUAUAAGCGUGGACGUCAUUAAUAGAGAGACAUCCAAUUAAUUACUGUACUUAAUUACUGACCCACGUUUCUCACGAGCAGGUUUUAAAAUACUACUCGUAGUCUAGUAGUAUGGACGUCAACCCACGCUUCUCACGACUAUCAAACUGAAAUUACACGCAGUGGCGGAGCCAGACAUUAAUUUGACCGGGGUCAAUUUUUUUUAUAAUAGAAUAUAAAUGAUAUAAAAUUUAUUUAAUUAAUUAAUUAAAAAAUAAAAUUAUUAAAUAAAUUAAAAUUAUUUGAGUUUAUAUUUAUUCAAACAUUAACUUACAAAAUAGUAUUUUCUAUUCAUUGGAACUCUAUAAUGAUCUAAAAUGGUUAAAGACAAAAAUAUAAUGAAGAAUAAAAUAAGAAUAUGUUAUGGAAAAUGCAAAACGUUUACUUUUUUUACUGAAAUAUAAAUGUUAGACAGCUGGAAAAAAUGGAAAGACAAUCAAACAAAUUAAAACGUAAGGAAAAUAUGGAAAUGAUUAUUAAAGUUAUAAUUAGAAUGCCAUUUCUCAAAAAAAAAGAGUAUUAAAGUAGUGGAAAUUUA